AUGCAGCAGAAGCGUCUUGCCGCUGGCCUCGUGGCCGCGUUCGCUGCCGUCGCCACGGCCACCGAGUCGGACGUUGCCUCUCUCACCAAGGAAACAUUCAAGGACUUCAUCAAGUCCAACGACCUCGUCCUAGCAGAGUUCUUCGCUCCCUGGUGCGGUCACUGCAAGGCGCUCGCCCCCGAGUACGAGGAGGCUGCCACCUCGCUCAAGGCGAAGAACAUCAGGCUUUGCAAGAUCGAUUGCACCGAGGAAGCCGAUCUCUGCCAGGAGUACGACGUCGAGGGCUACCCUACUCUCAAGGUCUUCCGUGGCGAGGACAACGUCGCACCCUACAAUGGCCAGCGCAAGGCUGCUGCCAUCACCUCCUACAUGGUGAAGCAGUCCCUACCAGCCGUUUCCCUCCUGUCCAAGGACAUGCUUGAGGACUUCAAGAAGGCCGACAGCGUGGUUCUCAUCGCCUACAUUGCCGCGGAUGACAAGGCUUCCAACGAGACGUUCUCCGCCGUUGCCGAGUCUCUUCGCGACGAUUACCUCUUUGGCGGCAUCAACGAUGCUGCCAUCGCUGAAGCCGAGGGCGUCAAGUUCCCCUCCAUUGUCCUCUACAAGUCCUUCGACGAGGGACGCAACGAGUUCAAGACCAAGUUCGACGUCGAGGCCAUCAAGAAGUUCGCCAAGACGGCCGCCACCCCUCUGGUCGGCGAGGUUGGACCCGACACCUACUCUGCUUACAUGUCCUCUGAGCUUCCUCUGGCCUACAUCUUCGCCGAGACGGAGGAGGAGCGUGCGAGCCUGAGCAAGGCUCUCAAGCCCGUCGCCGAGAAGUUCAAGGGCAAGAUCAACUUUGCCACCAUCGAUGCCAAGCAGUUCGGAGCUCAUACUGCCAACCUGAACCUCAAGUCCGACAAGUUCCCCGCUUUCGCCAUCCAGGACACGGUCAACAAGCACAAGUACCCCUUCGACCAGGAGAAGGAGAUCAACGAGGAGAACAUCUCCGAGUUUGUGACGCAAUUCUCCACCGGCAAGAUUGAACCUAGCAUCAAGUCUGAGCCCAUCCCCGAGACCCAGGAGGGCCCUGUCACCGUCGUCGUUGCCAAGAACUACGACGACAUCGUCCUGGACGACACCAAGGAUGUCCUGGUCGAGUUCUACGCUCCCUGGUGCGGUCACUGCAAGGCCCUGGCCCCCAAGUACGACGAGCUGGCCACUCUCUACGCCGACAGCAAGUUCAAGGACAAGGUCGUCAUCGCCAAGGUCGAUGCCACCCUCAACGACGUGCCCGAUGACAUUGGUGGCUUCCCCACCAUCAAGCUCUUCCCGGCCGGCGGCAAGAAGGACCCCAUCACCUACAGUGGUGCCCGAACUGUCGAGGACCUCAUCCAGUUCGUCAAGGAGAACGGCAAGUACAAGGCUGCCGUCUCUGUCAAGGAGGAUGGCACCGACGAGUCCGCUCCCGCUGCCACGAAGAAGGCGAAGACUGCGGAGAAGGAGAAGGACGAGGACGAGGACGAGCUGGAGGACCACGACGAACUGUAA